CUUUUAUAUUCAUGCAGUAGCAUCAAAAUCAUAACCAAAUUUUUCAUUACAAUCUCAACGCCCAUAACUACAAGGUAAAAUGUCGGUGCGGGUAGUAAAUUCGCCAGAUAAUGUGUUUGAAUCGGACACAGAUAUUAGUUCAGUAAUGGAUUCAUGUCAAUUUCUUAAGAAAAUCAUUCCCACGGCAAUGGCGACUAUCUUAUAUCGUCGCUGUGAGUUUGAUCCUAAUUACAUUAAAAAGCGAACGGUUCGUGAAGUUCCAUACGUGGGUUUUCGCUCAACCAUUCCAAAGCAGCAUUGUGCUUAUAAACUACUUGCAUAUUCAAAUAUAUUUGAAGGACUCAUUGAAAAUAAACAAUUGAAGGAAGUUUUUAUUCAAAUUGAAGACCGUGCAACUCAAAAAGUACAAGAGAGAUACGUGUUCUCUUUUAACUAUUCAACUGAUGACGAUGAUGACACUCCUGAGGCAAAAAGUCAACUGCAAAGCCAAUCAAGAUUAAAUAUUGCUGCGAAAUUUUUUGACAAGAUUAAUACAAUUCCUAACAACGAAAAGUAUCCAGAGGAUUCUAUCCAGAUUCAAAUUGGGUGUCAAUUUUAUGAAAACAUUCCAAGAGAGGUUUUAAACCUCAAUUUUAAACCAGCUGAAAAGUCAAUGUUAAAGUCUUUGAUGAGCAUUGGUUCCCUGAAGACUAACUUCCAUCAAAUCCAAUUACUGUGCGGAUGUGCACCUUCCGAACGCGUACCGAACGAGCAAUCUGAAAUUCUUGGUGAAGAGUUUGGGUCAGCCCAAAGCAAUGAAUUUGCCGACCUGCAUGAGAAUGUGGAUUCGCAAUUAUUACAGCCCAUACGAGUCCAUACGCCAAAACCCAGGUCUAAGAUUAUUAAAAAGAUGUUAAAGCGGCGCUUGGUGGAUGGGUUGGAGCCAUUAUAUUCUCUUACAAAAUCUAAACGGCUGGGUAUUCAAACCCCAUCUACAUCUGGACACUCUGGAUCCGAUUUGUUCUCCGAUGAUUUAUCUGAAAAUUAGUAAGAGGGCCAAGGAAAUAUUAUUUAUUUAAAAUUUAAACUUUUAAUGUGAAACUUUACUUCACCAAGUGAAUAAAGUUGCCUAUGUUAUAAAUUUAUACUUUGCAAGCAAUGUACAUGUAGUAAACAUGUUAUAAACGUCAGAAAGAGUGUAGUUGAUAUCAUCUUAGAUUCUAAUAUGUUAUAAACAAAAUAUAUGAAUUAAUAAACGUUUAAACCAUUAUAACAA